AUGAGCCCCAGAAUCAAACAAGGAGGUGGUAUCCACAUCUCGCGUCAGCGGAGUGUAAAUCAGUCCAGCACGACGCAAGCCAAUGAGAAACAGCAAGGUCACAUUGGUGAUGUAUACCAUGCCCCAAUUGGGAGGAACGAGCCUCUGUACCCCGUGGCCGAGGUGAUCAUCGGUAUCGCUCCAGGAUUUUUCACGGGAUCCACCGGGCAAGGCGUGUAA